AUGCAUCUCAGUUCAACCACCACGACGCCCUUUUCUGUGAAGGAUAUUUUGAAGCUGGAGCACCACCAUGCUUUUGAAAAUGAUUUCUUGAUGAAUGAUCAAGUUGUUCCGAUGAAUUAUCAGCACGCGUCCCGGCCCAGGGACGUGUAUGACUGCCAAGCUGAGCCGUGCGUCUCUGGGAUUCAGGAUAAGCUCCAUAUUCACAACUCAGCAACAGAAGAGGAGAUAAAUGAGCAGGAUAUAAGCGGUCUUGACAGUUCACAUGAAAGUGACAAAACCCUCAAGAACCGAUCCCGGCACCGCAGGAAGCCCCGGGUCCUCUUCUCCCAGUCCCAGGUGUCCGAGCUGGAGAGGCGCUUCCGGCAGCAGCGCUACCUGUCUGCCCCGGAGAGAGAGCACCUUGCCCUGUCCCUGAAACUCACCUCCACACAGGUGAAGAUCUGGUUCCAGAACAGGAGGUACAAAUGCAAAAGGCAAAGGCAGGACCUGUCUCUGGAGCUGGGGUUCCCACCUGCAGGGAGGAGGGUGUCGGUGCCGGUGCUGGUGCGGGACGGGAAGCUGUGCAGCUCUGCACCGUAUAACGUCACUCUGGGACACUAUAACCCCGUGUUUGGAUACGGAAACAGCGGCGGUGUGUGCGGCUGCGGUUAUCCCAGUGGGCCACCCUCAGCCGUACAGAUGUGUAAUAAUAAUCAGAUGGUGGAUUUAGCAGGUGAGGGGGGCUUCAACCACGGACACUUCCAGGCUUCAUUACAGAGUGUAAGGGGCUGGUGA